AUGUCUGCUCCUGCUCCAGCCAAUCGGAGGUCUGGGUCGGGCUCUCGCCGAUUCAACCCACUGAAGGCGCUGCAGCCCAAACGCCGCUUGCAGCAAAUACUGGCGUCCUCGCCCGUCCCGGUGCCCAAGCCGGAGUCAGGGUCGGGGACUGCCGCACCAGCAGCCACAGCGCCAGUGGCCAUUCCUGUGCCUGUGCCCCCUGCGUUUGACUACUGCAGGUUCAUAGAGCUAGACUACGUUCCCAUGGAGACAGGCUAUAUGGUUUCAAUGCGCCCGACUAAAGGCUAUACAUCGACCAAGUCGCCGACUAAAGGAUACGCUUCCACCAAGCGGACUCCAGCCGCGCCCAGUAAUAGAGAUCCCUAUGGCAACACCUCCCUCAGCAACAGCAGCAACUCAGGUUCUUGUAAAGGCAGCGACUGCAGCCCCACCAAAGGACGUCACCAGAAGUACACAUCAUGUACGGACAACCAUGGUAUCCGGCCCCCACAGCCAGAGCAGUACCUCACACCCCUUCAGCAGAAGGAGGUGUGUAUCAGACACCUGCGGGCCAGGCUAAAGGAAACCAUCAACACUCUUCAAGACAGGGACACAGAGAUAGAUGAGCUGAGAGGGCAGCUUUACAGAAUGCAGGAGGACUGGGUUGAGGAGGAGUGUCACCGUGUGGAGGCUCAGCUGGCCCUAAAAGAUGCACGUCAGGAGAUCCAGCAGCUCAAAGAGGCUGUGGACACUGUUCGGGCCAGGCUCAGUGAAGCUGGGGGGCUCAGUGGGGACAUAGGGGUCCAGAAGUACUUCCAGGACAUCAACACUCAGAACCACAAGCUCGAGAACCUUUUGCUCAGCAUGGAGAUAGCCCAGGCUGGAUUAGCUAAGGAGGGGGAAGGCAUACCAGGCUGUCGGAUCCGUGUCGGAGGUUCAGCACCGGCCUCUGUAUCAGGGGAAAGUCCAGGGGCAAUACCCAAACCAGCAGUAGGUGGGAGGGGGUCUUGCUCCUGUGAUGGUUCCCCAGCUCGUUCUCUUACCCGGAGCUCCACCUACACCAAGCUGAGCGAUCAAGCGCUGGCAGACAGGAACGGCAAUGGGCCAGACUUUCCAUGUCUUUCAGGUGACGGUACCCAGGACAGUGGCUUUGGAUGCGGUGGGGAGAGCAGCGUCCCCAGUCGGGCUGACUUACUGCUGGAAGCUGCCUUCCUCUCUGAGGAAACAGCAUCUUUACUCAACUCCUACGCACAGAUGCCACACUCCACCACCUAUGAGAAGCUUUGCACAGGGGAACGGAUGGCACCAUUUCGUUGCGGCCUGGGCGGAGUGAGCUGUAUGAGUCACCCUUGCCUGUCCCACCAUCAUCUGUACCUGCAUCCUCUGCGGGAGACAGGCAUUCAGACCGAAAGCUGCCCCAUCCCUGCAACAGCAGGGUACCCUUCGGACCUAGACACCAUAGCAGAGCAACGCACUUUUCGCUCCCAGGCCUGCAGCCCCACCUCCACCUGGAUGUCUGAUGAGGGGGAGGAGGAGCUGGACUCCAUCACUACCACCACUUCAGUAACCACAGCGACGGUCAUGAGCACAGCCACAGAACCAAUCCCAGUCUCCACAACGCCGUUGGUUCCUCCCUUACCACGGUCUGCCACUGUGGCGUGUUCCAUGGAGAGUCCUAUGUGUGAAGGGAAGGAGGAAUGGGAAGAGGAGGAAAAACUGGAAAAGGAGGAGAGAGAGAAAGAAGCUGCUGAAACAGAGAAGCAGGUAGAAACAAAAGUAAUCCAACUGGCAGAAGAAGGGCAGCAGACGCAGACAAACUCAAUGGAAGGGAAUGUGGUGGAAAGUCCAGAUGCAGUGGAGGAAACAGCACUGUUCGAUUUAGCAGAAACAACAGAAAAGAUGGAGGGUGAGCUUAAGUUUGGGGGAUGUACUGGUGAAGGCGAGCAGGGUGGAAGAACACUGGAAAACCUCAACCUGGAAGACAGGCACCAAGAAGUUGAUCGAUUAGCAGGAUCAACACAGACAGACACAGCAGAGCUGAGUCCAAGUCACCGAGGACCAUCACCAGGCAUAGAACAGCCUCAUACCUCCCAGCCAAAAAGAUCUUCUUCCCAUGAGGAGAUAGCAGGAGAAGAUAACCGGCCAAGAAGAUCUACUUCUCAUGAGGAGAUAGCCGGUGUCAUUGUGGUGGAGGUGCAUGAUAGCGAGGAUGAUGACGAAGAUGAAACUAAAGAGCAAGGUGCCACAGGGGGUGAUACAACAGAGCCGGAAGACUCCACCUCUGGGCCAGUUCAGAAGAGCUACUGGAGUCGUCACUUCCUGGUCGAUCUGCUGGCGGUGGCCAUCCCUAUGGUGCCAACUGUGGCGUGGCUCUGCCGUGGUCCUGUCAGAGGUAGACAGCCCAUAUAUCAUUUAGGGUCGUUGCUGAGGGGCUGUUGCACUGUGGCACUGCACUCGCUGCGCAGGGGAGGUGGAUUGAGGCAUUACCCCGCAGGCGGGGGAGACAUGGGUGGAUCACAGAUAUAA